AUCGUGGAGAAGAGGUGUGUUAAGAGCUUUGUCUGUGAAGAAUAAGGUAGGGUUCAUUAAUGAAAAAUGUAAAAAUCCAGAUGCAAAUGAUGCACUCUUCGAUCAGUGGGAACGGUGCGACGGCAUGGUAACCUCGUGGAUCCUGAACUCACUCUCUAAGAAUUUAGCGGAUAGCCUACAAUAUGUUAACGAUGCAAAGGAACUCUGGAAAGAGCUAGAAGACUGGUAUGAUCAAACAAAUGGAGCAAAGCUAUAUCAAUUACAAAAGGAGGUUAGUGAUUUAAGCCAAGGGACUUUCGAUAUUACUGGAUAUUACACGAAAAUGAAAAAGCUGUGGGAAGAGUUGAACAUGCUGAACGUUCAUGCUCAGUGUAGUUAUCAGUGUGUGUGUGGAGCUAAGGCCAAUAUGCAAAAGGCUGAACAAGACAGGAGGUUGAUUCAAUUCCUCAUGGGACUAAAUGAAGUCUAUAUAGUAGUGAGGGGUAGUAUACUGAUGAUUAACCCCUUACCUAGCAUAGAACAAGCCUUCUCCAUUCUUAUUCAGGAAGAAAAAUAG